UUGUAUGGGGCGUCUCAUUUAUCUCCGCCUGUUCUCUCCGUUGCACUAGUUUUCGCCGAACGCCCCCCCUCAUAACGGACACCAUUGCCCGUACUGCUGUGAGAUGUCAUCUUCAUCAUCCUCGUCGAUGGCUGCCCCACGGAGGCUUCUCUUGCUGUCAAAUUCGACCAUGUACAACGGCGAGUUUCUCGAAUUCGCCGCGGAUACCGUCAAGGAUUUCUUCAAGAAGUCGGCGACCAAGCGAAUUCUGUUCGUGCCUUACGCCCGCAAGGAUUACGCCGACUACGCGGCCAAAGUGAAGGCUCGACUCGGUGAGAUGGGUUUCGAGGUGGACAGCAUUCACGAAGCCGCCGAUCCGGUAAGCGCUGUGAAGAUGGCCCAGGGCAUAUUUAUCGGCGGCGGAAACACGUUUCGCCUGCUGAAGACCCUUUACGAAUCAAACACCGCCGAGGCGAUUCGCAUCAGGUGCCUGGAAGAUGGGAUGCCGUACAUGGGUGCUAGUGCAGGAACCAACGUUGCCACGGCCAACAUAUGUACCACGAAUGACAUGCCCAUCUUUUACCCGCCGACGUUCGUAGCGCUCCGUCUCGUGCCGUUCAACAUCAACCCGCACUACAUCGAAACCGACCCCGACAGCAAGCACAUGGGUGAGACGAGGGAUCAGAGGAUCGACGAGUACCUCGAAGUGGGAAACCACUUGCCUGUGCUGGGAUUGAAAGAAGGUGCUAUACUGAAGGUCGAGGGCAACCACGCUGUGCUGCUGGGAAACGAGGCGAAGUUGUUCAAGGAGAACGUGGAUCCUGUGUACUACAAGCCAGGAGCAGACAUGAGCUUCUUGCUGACCGACACCAAUGCUUAAUUCUGGUUGCCUACACUGCAGUUCCUUUUCCUUCCACUUAUUUCUUGAGUGGGCGUUGCGGCUUGGUGAUAUUUUAGACAGUGACUAAACAAAUUAAGUCCUCGUGCCUUACGUUUUUGUCCGGUGCGCUUACAUCUCCGGUGACGAGCUCUGCAACACAUUUGUGUGAACUCUGCCUGAAGGUGUGCAGUCAGGAUUACUGAAGAUCAGUCAA